AUCACUUAAUAAAAAUUGAGGAGAAAUUUUAAAGGCCUCAAAACUCUAGCCUACGUAUGUGGUUUGAAUUUUGGAGUAAGAUGAUUCAAAUCAUCCCCAAUCUCUUUGGUAGCCAACUUUGCAAGGCCUAGGCAGGCAGGCCCUUCUUGACUUUGUUUUGUAAAUUUGGAUGCAUUUGCUUGAUCUCUUCCUCCUCGUUUAUGUCUCCCAAGAUUACCUUAAAAGACAAGCUAGCUACCAUAGCUUAAGGUUCCAUCCAAACAGCUAUGCAACAUAAAUUUUCGAUGCUACCAUAGCUUAUGUUCCUUGUGUAUAUAUAUAUAUAUGUGUGUGUAUGUAUGUACAUUUAGCCAUUGCAUUUUCUAUAAGCUCUAGAUCUCAAACCAUGGCUGCCCAAAAAUUCAUUUCACUUAUAAUUCUUGCAAUCUUUCACACAAAUGCCCUAAAAUGCAUUGCAUUUCCUCAUCCAUCUCGAGGGAUCAAAGCUGCCUAUUGGCCAUCAUUUGAUGCAUUUCCAGCAUCAGCCAUUGACACCUCAUACUUCACUCACAUUUACUAUGCAUUCCUUUUACCCGACCCGAUCACCUAUAAACUGAAUGUCACCCCAUUUGACCAAACAAAGAUCCCCGACUUCAUGGGUGCAAUCCGUCUCAAAAACCCACCCGUCAAAACGUUACUAUCCACGGGAGGAGGCGGUAAUGACCCGACUGUGUUCUCUAAAAUGGUCAGCAGCAGGGCGACACGCCAGACUUUCAUUGAUUCCAUCAUUGAAGUAGCUCGAAAAUACGGGUUUGACGGCGUUGAUCUUGACUGGGAAUUCCCGGCUAAUGCCGAGGACAUGUCAAACCUUGCCUUGCUGUACAAGCAAUGGCGAGCAGCUCUACUCGAUGAAGCUAGGACCUUCAGAAAGCCUCCUCUGCUCUUAACUUCUGCAGUAUAUUACGCUUCAAAAAUCACGUUAUUUGGUGAGCCUCGAUCAUACCCAGUUGAAGCUCUUCGUAGAUAUGUGGAUUGGAUUAGUCCAAUGUGCUUUGAUUAUCAUGGGUCAUGGGAAAAUUUCACCGGGGCGCACUCGGCGCUAAGAGAUGCUAAUAGUAAUAUCAGCACACACUUUGGAAUCGGGUCGUGGAUCCAAGCCGGUGUACCGACCGACAAGCUUGUCAUGGGGCUGCCGUUGUAUGGCCGGACAUGGAAGCUCCAGGAGCCGUAUGUCAAUGGGAUUGGAGCGCCGGCGCUGGGCGUGGGGCCUGGAGAUGACGGUGUCCUUGAUUAUCAUCAAAUACUUGAUUUCAACGACGAGAACAAUGCAACAGUAGUGUUUGAUGGCCAAACUGUGUCGUAUUAUUCCUUUGCUGGAGACUCUUGGAUCGGGUACGAUGAUAUCCAAUCCGUAAGGCUGAAGAUCCAGUUUGCACGGUCUCGGCAGUUGGGUGGAUAUUUCUUUUGGGCCCUUGGCCAGGAUAAGAACUGGACCAUCUCAGCACUAGCUUCAAGGACAUGGGGGCGUCGAUGAUUGCUUGAUGAUGGGGAAAAGUAAUGUGGUUUGAAAUGAUUUAGUAAAAUUUCUCGAAAUUCUCAUAAUUACAUUCUUUGAUUGAAAUUAGUUUGAGAAUUUUAAAAAUAAGUUAACAGUAAUUCAUUUUCAAGAUAUUAUAAAGUUUGCUUAAUUAUAAUUGGAUUAUGAAACUCGGUAAAAUGAGUUUAAGAAAA